GUCCACUGAAUAUCCACUCCGUAAAGUCCUACACUGCGCGACUCAUAGGGCCAGCAAUCAUAUAACAUUUAUCUAUGCUUUUACUCCCUCCCUCCCCCCUCCAUCUGAUCUUCCUCUUCCAUCCUCAUUCCGCAUUCCUCUUUCUCCCUCACAUCCGGGUCGGACCUUGGUGAAGCUGUCAGCGAGACAACUCUCCCAUUACCAUUACAAAAAGGGAAUCGUUACCUACUUUGUUCCUCCUCUUCUACCUCCUCUGCAGUGCCCUCUCCUUCUUCCUCAAAGCAGUGUCCCACCUACCUUCUUUUAUUUUUACCUUUCCAAAGACCCCAUUGCUUCGCACCUCAUCAUCCAUCUUCUGCUGCUUGCGGUGUUAAACUUUUGCUGCCUCUUCUGCCUCCUCAGCGCCCCAAGAUUCGGAUCUGCAAGUGACAACACACUUCGUCGCCUUGCAGUUGGUACAUCCAAACCCCGAGCUUUAGACACGUUUUUCGAAAGCUCCCUCUUUUGACCUCUUUGGAAAAUUCCCCGAACCUCGUUUGGAGCUUGCUCGUCUCGUCACUACUAGGCUCCCGCUAAAUACCAAGACUAUCAAGCCAUAGUAGGUUCCCCGAGCGGGCCGUUCCCAAUCUUUGAACUCAAUAACAUUCUCUCCCAAGCCCUCGGGUCCAGGGGAGUCUUGCCGGACAUUAAUUCCAUGCCAUUGAUUGAGACAUCAGAUUGCUAACGCUCAUCAUCUUGCAGAUCGGUUGCAUCCCUCCUCUUCUUCUACAUUAACCCUCGCAUCCUCCCACCUGGAAGCCAAGGAACGAACCAACCACUGCACGGAGC